AUGAAGGCGUUCCUUUUGAUGAUGCCCAGUUUUCAUGUGAUGUGUUGUUGUAACGAGGCUGACGAGGCGUUGCUUUCAGACAAGCAUACGGCCAGGGGAAAGCCCAAUGCAAAACCGUCUUGCCACUUCUUCGCCGUCCUGCUUGUUUCUGUACUGUCCUCACCAAUUGUGAUGGAUAAAAUCCGCCGCGUCAAAGCUUCUUGGCGGUUGGGCAGAAAUUCGAAAACCGCCACGCAUGAAGAGUGUACGGGAUUCGCGACGAAAACAAGAGAGGAUCUAUGUUCUAAACCAUAUCUAGGAAUCAUUCCCACUACCGAAUCCAGACCGUCUACCUUCUCAAUAUCGAGUCCGUGCGGAAGCACGAAAAUAGAUGGUGCGAAAGCCGACAAUGCGCGCAAGAAGAACAUACCUGUAUCCCUCUGGGACCGGGCAUAUGAUUCUGUAAAAGAAGAAAAGACCGAGAUAUUUGCAGAAUACGAGAUUCUUUUGUCUGAUGCGGAGGCGAACCAAAUCCCCCAGAACGACACCGUCCGACGCCGCGAGAUGUUGGAGAAGAUCGCAAGGCUUGGUCUGAAGCACAUGGAAGACAAAAAGGUCACUGUGACUCUACUAGGGCACAAAAUUGACGUGCAGGACACCAUGGCAAAUGUGGGCGGCGCUGUCGAUUGGGUCUCGACGUACGUCAAUGAUGCCAUCAAAAAUGUCCCGUACGCACCCGCGGUGAUGACUGGAAUCUCGCUCGUCCUUCCGCUCCUUAGGAGUCCAGCUGCUGUUGAGGAUGCAAACCGCGAGGGCUUCACCUAUGUUACGUCCCAAAUGCGCUACUACAUCGAAAUGGAAUCUCUCGUGUUGUCCGAGGACUUGACACCAGACCAAAAAGACUCCCUAACAGAAAGUGUUGUGAAGCUAUACAAUCUUAUAAUUCAAUUCCAGGUGGAGCGUGAUCAGAUUCUAUCGCAGCCGCACCAAGAACUAUUUCAGAAGCACUAUCAACUACGACGGCUGGGACGAGAAGCUCCAAUGCAUAAAAGACGAGGAAACCAAGAUUGGCGAAAGGCUCGAAAAGAACGUAGCAAUCACAAGCAUGCUACAGCUGAAAGAGGUUUCAUGAGAGGCCGAAAUUUCACGCCAGAACGAGACAUGAAGGCAAGAGAUGAACAACGCCUGUCUAAUGAAGAGCGGCAACAAUACCUCGAAGCUUUACAGUGGCAGAACAGGGUCGAGAACUCGCUUUUGUGGGUCAAAGGCGAUCCUGGCAAAGGCAAGACAAUGUUGCUUUGUGGUAUCAUAGAUGAAUUGAUCGGGCUACAGGCCAGCAAGCAUCUCUCUCAGGAGGACGAGGCCACCCCAAACAUAUCUUUUUUCCUCUGCCAAGCUACUGACAAACGUAUCAACAAUGCUCCGGCGGUAUUGCGAGGACUGAUUUAUAUGCUUGUAGAGGAGCAGCCUGCGCUCAUCACUCAUCUGCGCUCCAGCUGCGAUUAUGGGGGAAAUUCGCGCUUUCAAGGCAUAAAUGCCUGGGAGGCACUGUCUAAGCUUUUCACUGACAUUAUCCAAGACCCACAGUUACGAAAAACAUAUCUGAUUGUUGAUGCCCUGGACGAGUGUACGGACCGGCUGGACUUGCUUCUAGGUUACAUUGUCAAACAUGCAUCUGCUCUCCCGCAUGUCAAAUGGGUUAUCUCCAGCCGCAACUGGCCGAGUAUUGAGAAAGAGCUCAAAAUGAUUGAGAACAUGCAACUUAACCUGGAGCUGAACGCAGAAACCGUCACGGCAGCGGUUGGCAAGUACAUCGAGUUCAAGGUUAAUCUGUUGGCAACUAAGAAUGAAUACGAUAACGCAACACGAGCAACAGUCCAGGGCUAUCUCUCAUCCAAUGCAGACGGCACUUUCCUCUGGGUAGCAUUGGUCUACGCAGAACUUGCCCAUAUCUCGAGAUGGGAGGUUGAAGAUACCCUCAGAAGGUACCCACGAGGUCUGGAUCCCUUCUACAGCCAGAUGCUAAACCAGAUUCGCAACUCAAGGCACGCUAAAAUUUGCAAAGACAUACUAGCUGUGGUAUCACUUGUCUAUAGACCUGUAACUUUAGAUGAACUAACAUCGCCGGUCGAUUUCCCAGCAGGAGCUGUGCAUAGCGACAACGCUCGGGUAGAGAUCAUUAAGCUCUGUGGCUCUUUUCUUACGCUGAGAGAACGCACAGUAAACUUUAUACAUCAGUCUGCCAAGGACUAUUUGCUUGAUGAAAAUGUAUCAAGUGAGAUACUUCCUGAUGGAAUGGAGGCUAUACAACAUACUAUAUUCUCUAAAUCCCUCAAGGCUAUUGCAGCUAAUCUACGGCGUGACGUAUAUGGACUCAAGGCUCCGGGAACUUUCAUCGAACAAAUGAUCCGACCUAAUCUAGAUCCCCUGGCCACAGUCCAGUACUCUUGUGUCUUCUGGGUGGACCACCUGCAAGACUGCUCUCCAAGCAAAGAAAAGCAUUUCUAG